UUUAAACUUCUAUUCAAAAUGUGAUUAUGCUUGUCUACGAAGUAAAUAAUAAGCAUAAAUUUUUCAAUUGAUGUAUACAAAUGGAAUUGAAUUAAUCGUAUUUUUGCGCCAAUUAUGUGACAUUCCAGUUGACCGUACCGUUUCCACAUUCAGUGCAAUGCUGAGCAUAAAUAAACAGAGCAUACCGAUUUUUCGUUUCGGUUAAGUAUAUCUGGCAUUUCAUUGAGUAGAACAUUUAAAUUGACAUCCAAUGAAAGUGUGUGUUUUGUUGAUGAACGAGCAAAAUAAACAAUACGUUUCUGUUAUGUUAUUGUUUAAAUGUUUUUGGCAUGAACUUCUGAAGUGUUGAGUUUUUUGUUUGGAAGCUGUAAGGAAUUUGACAGAAACAGUGCAUCAGAACAUUUUGGAAGAAACCAGCAAAAUGAUUUGUUUGCUGUGCUACGAACCGAAUGAUGAGCUCAUUGCGGUAAAUGGAAAAAGUGGCAAACAACUAAACAUUUCGAAGCUGCUGUAUAAAUAUUUUCGCAUCUAUUUCGAGGGUGAACCAAUCGAUGGUGAGUUAUGUGCUGAAUGCUGGAAGAACAUAUUGGCAUUCAAUCAAUUUUACAUACACAUUGAAACCAUCCACGAUUUGAUCAAUAAGACGAAGGAAAGUGUAACGGCCGAACCAGUUAAGAUUGAAUUUGACGAACACAAUCUGAAAGAUGAAGAGACAUUUGGUGAUGAUGACUGGUCAUUUCACAAUGAUUUAGAUGAAUCCGAUCACGAUUCCACUGGUCCAUUCACCAUCAAUGCCACAUUACCAGAUGAUGCCAUAAAUUUACCCGAAAUAAAGCAAGAAGCUAAUAAAAAAGUGUCAGUCAAAAAAGAACCGAAAAAAGCGUCAAAAUCGAAAAAAACAGUACGUGGUCGACCAAAACCUCGAUCCCUAUUUACCUGCAAAAUUCGCAUGUGUCUCGAGGAAUUUGACACUUUGGACGCAUUGAUAUCGCACAAAACGAGCGCACACAGACGCAUUCAGUGCACACAUUGUCCAGAUCUGAAGUUGGUUGUCGAUUUAAAUAAGCAUUUGAAAAACACACAUGGCAUCCUACAAAACUCAAUGUGCGAACAUUGUGGACAGGUCUAUACGAACACGAGAAACUUGCAGGACCACAUUCAACGGAAACAUGAGGUUAGUCAACCGCUCCAAUGUGAUAUAUGCAAGGAAUGGUUUAAAAGUCGAGACACGAUACGAGCACACAUGAACUACGUUCACGUGCAAGGGCCGCAGGCAUGUCAAAUAUGCGGUAAAGUUUCAGCCAAUCGCAAAGCAUUGCGAAAACAUCAAACAAUUCACAUGGAAUCGUGGAAAGAUCGUUUCAAAUGCAUCAUCUGUGGCAGAGGAUUCCGUGACAGCACAAAACUUAAGGAACACUCUUACAUCCAUUCCGGUGUGACUGACGCUUAUUUUUGUCAAUUUUGUGGCCAAUCAUUUCGCUUUGGAUCAUCAUUGUCAGCCCAUCGAAUGCGUUACCAUCCAGCUGAAAUGGCUCACGUUAAAGAUCGCUUGCAGCGCAAAAAGAAUCUUGAAUUCAAGGUUUAAACGAUUAACUUCAUCUUUUUCCAAGUAUUGAUUCAUAAGGCCAUUUCAUUUCUGUUGCCUCCUCUUUCGAUGCAAUACUUAAUUUUUUCUUUUAAGUACACGAGACUGUGUUCAUCGACGUUUUAACGGGAGAAUUUCGUUGACAAAAAUCUUCCAGAGUCGAUAAAAAAAAUGCAUUUAUUUAUAUAUUUUUAUUUUUUUUUUAGUCACAUGACUUUGACACCUAACCUAUUGGAUGUAUUGAAUUAAAAUUGCAUUUUAUUACUGAACAUUUUAAUCCAUGACCGUUAAUAAAAAUGAUAUGAUAGCUGG